AUGGCCACCUCCCCGCGGAGAGUCUCCACGCUGCACUGGAACAAGUCAUCGACCCAGGAGUUGCGCAGCCAUGUUGUCGCGCCAUUUCAGGAUGACGCUAUCUAUCUCAUCAACGAGAGACGGCGCGCUGUCCUCGCGGAGAUCGAUAACGCCAGGUUCUCAUGGUUCCACAUAAAGGUCGCGUUCGUAUCUGGUGCCGGAUUCUUCGCCGAUGCAUAUGACAUCUUUGCCAUCAACAUUGUCGCUUCCAUGCUAGGAUACGUGUACGGCGACGAGGAUGAUGUUUCGAAGAUGUCUGCUGCGAACGGAUCAUUGGACCCGAUGAAGAGUCUCGGUGUCAAGAUCGCGACGCCCAUCGGGAUAAUCGUGGGACAAUUAUUCUUUGGCUGGCUGGGCGACCUUCUGGGCCGCAAGCGUAUCUAUGGCCUUGAGUUGAUCAUCAUGAUAGUCGGCACAUUUGGCCAGGCAAUGUCGACCCCCAGUCAUAGCGUCAGCUUUGUCGGUCUCCUGAUCGCGUGGCGAUUUUUUAUGGGCAUAGGCAUCGGGGGAGACUAUCCUCUCAGCGCGGUGAUCUCCUCCGAGUUCUCUUCUACUCGCAUCCGGGGCCGUGUGAUGACCGCUGUGUUUGCGAAUCAAGGCUGGGGACAACUCGCUGCAACGGCUGUCUCCUGCAUCGCGGUGCGUGCAUACAGGGACAGCCUUCUCGGUGACAGCGCAAAUUUCUUCAAAGACAUAGACCAAAUAUGGCGCAUCAUCAUCGGCUUUGGUUGUGUGCCUGCCGUCGUCGCUCUUUACUUCCGUCUUACCAUCCCGGAGACCCCUCGUUUUACUAUGGACAUCAAGCGGAACGUCGAACAGGCAGCAAUUGAUGUCGACGCAUUCCUCACGACGGAGGCAUACACCGUUGACCCGGAAGCGGUGUCUCAGAGGAUUGCGGCAAGGAAGGCUACGAAGGAGGACUUCCGUUCAUAUUUCGCGAAAUGGGAGAAUUUGAAGGUGCUUCUAGGUACUGCUUAUUCGUGGUUUGCCCUUGAUGUCGCUUUCUACGGUCUUGGGUUGAAUUCAUCCACCAUUCUGGAUGCUAUCGGAUUUGGAUCGCCUGAUGAGAGAUUUGUCGGAGGCCGCGCAGCGUACGAGAACCUCAAAAACAUUUCUAUUGGUAACCUCAUUCUUUCGCUUGCUGGGUUCAUUCCCGGAUACUGGGCAGCCUUUUUAGUCAUCGACCGCUGGGGCAGGAAAAGCAUUCAGUUGAUGGGGUUCUCCAUGUUGACCGCCCUGUUGAUUACCAUGGGGUUCGCAUACAACCGCUUGAUGGUCGCUCCUCAUGGCAAGGCAGUCUUCGUAUUUCUCUACUGCCUGGCAAACUUCUUCCAGAAUUUUGGCCCCAACACUACCACCUUUAUAAUACCAGGAGAGGUGUUCCCGACGCGAUAUCGAUCUACAGCGCAUGGAAUUUCCGCUGCAAGCGGUAAAUUUGGUGCGGUGGUCGCGCAGGUCGGCUUUCAAUGGCUCAAGGAUAUUGGUGGCCAGAACGCGUUCCUGGAUCACAUUUUGCAGAUCUUCGGCUUCUUCAUGCUUACUGGCAUCUUCUCUACUAUGCUGAUACCCGAGACAAACCAACGCUCCUUGGAGGCACUUUCAAAUGAGCGGCAAGAUAGCUUCUUCCGUAUUCCUAGUAAACGCAUGUCCCUACCUCACGCUGUCAAUUCCUCAUUGUCGCGCAGGUCGUAG